UAACCGUAAACCCUAAAAAUCUCAACUGGGGUUUUGCACGCUUCGAUUCAAAUUGAAGGUUUCUUUCUUUCACCAGUUUAUCUGAUUUAUUGUGAGAAAAGAUGGUGAGGCCUUAUACGAUGAAGGGGCAUAAGAGGAAGAAGAAGAGUGAGGAGGAUAAAUAUGAUAAGGAGGGAGAAGAAGAGGAAGAAGUCGCCGAAGAGCAGCCUGACGGAUUUGAUGAGAAGGACGAUCAAGGACAAGAAGAAGAAGCGGUACAUGAGAUGGAGGGCAUCCCUAUUGGCCCGUCUGACCGAAAUACGAAGAAACCGGGAGUUAUAUUUGUUCUUGAGAAAGCUUCUCUUGAGGUUGCAAAAGUUGGAAAGAAUUACCAGAUAUUAAAUUCGGAUGAUCAUGCUAAUUUCUUGAAGAGGAAUAACAAAAAUCCGGGUGAUUACAGGCCUGACAUUGUUCAUCAGGCUCUCUUAUCAAUUUUAGACAGCCCACUUACCAAGGCUGGAAGGUUGCGAGCUGUGUAUGUUAAGACAGAGAAAAGUGUUCUUUUUGAAGUUAAACCACAUGUCCGUCUACCAAGGACAUAUAAGCGUUUUUCUGGUAUCAUGUUGCAGCUGCUACAAAAGCUAAGUAUAACUGCUGCUGGUAAGCGUGAGAAACUAUUGCGUGUGAUCAAGAAUCCUGUUACUCAGUAUUUACCUGUAAACUCUAAAAAGAUAGGCUUCUCAUAUAGUUCAGAAAAAUUGGUUAAGAUGAGGAAUCAUGUGGCCACUAUCAGUGAUGAUAUGGACCUUGUUUUUGUGGUUGGUGCAAUGGCCCAUGGGAAGAUUGAGACGGAUUACACAGAUGACUUAGUAGCUAUUUCUGGCUAUCCAAUGAGCGCUGCCCGCUGCAUUGCAAGAAUUUGUGAGGCUCUGGAAGAUAAGUGGGGUAUAUUGUAAGAGCCAAUUUAACUGUCCCAGAGGGAUUAAUUCAAUAUUUGAGUAAAUUUAUUGUUGUAGUGAUGAUGUAAACUACAUAAUAUUGAGCUUCGGGAUAUUCAGUUAAGUUUCACUUUUUUAUUGUGCCACAAAUGCUUA